ACCCGGCCACCUCCGCCUCCCUUCCUGAGCCGGGCUGGGGCCAGCAGGGGGGUGGCCACAGGACAGGGUGGCCGCGGGGGCGGCCGGGACAUGUUGUUCCUGUCAGGAUCCAUCUCCCUAAGCCUGUCUGAGGAGCGCCAGCUCCCCGGCCACUGUGAAAGCCGCCUUUGUGAGCGAGGAGAGCAAGCCUCCCGAGGAUGGGGGGCCCCGGCGGGGGGAACCCCUCAGGCCCCGGUUCCUGAGAACAACUCCCGGAGGGAAGACCCCACCUUGCACCCCCGCCGGGCCCACCCCCAGGCCUGCUUCGUGCCAUGGGAGCUGUCCAGGGGAAGAAGAAAGAAUAUUCUCCUCAGGCCAGAUUUCAUCAUGAAAAUGUGAAGCAGAAACUCCAUGGUUCAGCCGCCAUGUACUCCGAGAUCCAGAGGGAGCGAGCAGACAUCGGGGGCCUGAUGGCGCGGCCGGAGUACAGAGACUGGAACCCAGAGCUCAUCAAACCCAAGAAGCUGCUGAACCCUGUGAAGGCCUCCCGGAGCCACCAAGAGCUGCACCGCGAGCUGCUCAUGAACCACCGAAGGGGGCUCGGCGUGGACAGCAAGCCAGAGCUGCAGCGGGUCCUGGAACACCGCCGGCGGAACCAGCUCAUCAAGAAGAAGAAGGAGGAGUUGGAGGCCAAGCGGCUGCAGUGCCCCUUCGAGCAGGAGCUGCUGAAACGGCAGCAGAGGCUGAACCAGCUGGAAAAGCCACCGGAGAAGGAAGAGGAGCAUGCACCUGAAUUCAUCAAGGUCCGGGAGAACCUGCGGAGAAUCGCAGCCCUGGGCAGUGAGGAGAGAGUGCUGUAGAGCUGGCCGGGGACCCCCCCCUCUCCACCGACUGUGCCCCCGCCCAGCCGCCCUGCUCCAGCCCGCCCGUACCCGGUAGCCCAGGACCGGAGAUCUGGGGCAUCUGUGACAUUGAUGGCACUUGGCUUUGCUUCCUAGAAAUCUGCCCUCCGGGAGCCUGUGGCCCGGCUUCUCCCCAGCCCCCCGCCCCCCACAGACCACCUCCCCGGCCCACCUCAGCACAGACCUCUCAGCAGCUCCUCUCCCUGCGGGGGUCCUGAGCCCUGCAGGCUUUCCUGGCAGAGCUGGAGGGUCUCUGACCUGGCCAGCUCACCCUGUGGCAUCUCUGGCAACCCCCCCCCCGCCCCCGCCAGCCUCCUGGGAGAGUAUCCGGCCGCUGGUGUGACCUGCAGCAGGCCUGGGCCACUGGACAAAGCAGCCUGGACCGCCUGUCGUGAGCGGCCAGGGGGGACGUUCAGGUGCCACUGUCCCGGGCAAGGCAGGGAAGGGCCGGGCGGCCCAGAGCUCACCGGCCUGUCCCCAAUCACCCCCCCUCGACCCCCCGCAGCCUCUCCAUGGCCUUCCCGGCCAGCCUGGGCACCUGGGGGAACUCAGGCCUCGGACUCAGUGGCGCUGAGACGGGGCUUGAUGUCUGCGCGCCCUAGCAUGGGGCCACUGGUUUGAGGCUUGCACCGUUUCUCCAGAGCUGCGGGCUGGAACUCUCCAGCAGGCCAUCACUGCUCCUCCCCCCCUCCACCCUGAAGGUCCCCACACACGCCACAGCCCCCGGGGCUCUCUAUGACCCCGUCUUGCUCCCGAGGAUGGAUGUGGCGGGGGUUUGCGCCCAGUUCCUAGGGCUGUUGCCAAUCUGCGUCCCAACCACGCUGACGACAUAGUCUGUUCCCAACCACAGUCCGACCAAAUAGCCUGUGGAGAGCAGAUGCACCGUGGUGAGCACCGAGCUCCGGAAACAGGAGCAGAGGCUUGAAACCGCCCGCCCCGCCCCCAUCCCUCUGAGUCCCCAUCUCCAGCCACUUGGUUUUAGCCCCUGGGAAGUCAGGAACCCCUUUCCCGUGAGACCCUGUGUUGUAACUGUGGGCUGCCUGGGGCUCUGCGAGGGUCAGAGAAUGAAUGCGCCAGACCCCAAGAAGAACGCCCCCCUUCCUCGGCUCUGGGCACGCCUCCUCCCAGCGGGCAGGGCCGUGCGAGAAAGGCCUUUUCUCUCACCAGCACCUACUAGGUGGCGGUUUGGGUCUUGGAGCCAGAUGUGAGACUCCCAGGAUGAAAGGCUCGUACCCCUUCCUCUCUGCAUGCUUAGCGGGACCAGGCCAGGGACGGGGAGGGGGUAGUGCCCACAGAGGGGGUCCGUGUCGCUGUGCUGUGUCGUGUGUGCAUGAGAGAGCGAAUCACUGAGGACCCAGAGUGACAGUCUAGCCGGUAAGGCGCUGGCCUUGCACAGGACCAACCCUGACCUCGCCAGGAGUAACCUCUGAGCACUGGCAGGUGUGGCAAAAAAAAAAAGUGUGAGUCGAGCUGGAAGGCCCCGAAAGUGGCUGUUUUCGUGAGGUUGCAGUGGCACCAUCUCAGACUCCUCCUCUGGGGUGAGAGUGAAGCAACAGGUGCAGGAUCCCGAAGCAAAGAGUGUCCUCAGAGGGACUGCUCGGGGCUUCCCUCGGGGACCGCAGAGGUGGCCUGGUGCUGCACCUCAUGCCAUGCAGACACCCUGGUGCACUCCCCGGCAUCAGUCCGACUCCUCUCAAGCCACCUCCCUCUAGGCAGGUUGUAAGUCCACAUUCUUGUCCCAACCUCCUUUGCAGCUUAGGGUGUCCAGGUACAGGCCAGUGAAAUUUAAAGGAAGUCUACUGGGCUCUGGGACAUCUUAUGCUUUUAUUGAUAAAUGAUACUGACAUGGCUAACACUUCCUAGUCCCCGCCUGCUUUCUGCCUUGGUUGGUGAUGUGAUGCCUGGAGCCAUCGCAGCCAUUUUGCUGUCAGGAGAAAAAGGCCAAGAGACUCUCAGAGACGUUGAGCCUUAUCAUCAUUGACUAAGCCAAUGCCAGCAACUGUCUUCUUUCAGAAUUCUUGUAAAUAAAAUAAAACCUUCUUUGUUUAAGUCA